CCCCAACAAAUCAGCACAAAUUGAACUUCUCACAAUCUCAUGCCUCUCCAAAUCAAUGAUUUCUAUUUUAUCACAAAUUUCAACUAAACUUAGUAAAAGAUAGAGUCGCCCAACCCAACCCAAUUCGGCUUUGUAUUUUUCGAUGUAACAUAUUAUUUUAUUUGUGAGCAUAAUAUCUCCAACCAGCUAGCUAUAUAUAACCGCCAAAUUCACGCCUCUCUUUAACAAUACCACUUAAAAGAGAAUUUGUACAAGUAGAGAGCAAAAAGGAGGCAACAAAAGCAGAGAAAAAUAAAUAUGAUAAAGCUGAGGUCAAAGAGAUUCUCAAGAAGCAGCUCGAAGCUAGGCGGCGGUACUGGCGGAGGCACCACCGGCAAUACUGGCGGUGAGAUAAAGUGGGAGCUAAGGCCCGGCGGCAUGCUUGUCCAGAAAAGAGAAAUUAAACAAAAAUCGGAUGAAAUUAUCAUCACAAUUAGGGUCUCAACGGUGUCCCACUCGCAUGACAUCUCACUCCCAGCUACUUCAACAUUUGGGGAAUUGAAGAUCCUGUUGUCAGUAUUGACAAAGUUGGAGCCCAAAGAGCAAAGGCUAUUGUUCAAAGGCAAAGAAAGGGAAGAUGAAGAACACUUGCAUAUGGUGGGUGUUAGAGAUAAGGAGAAAGUCCUGAUGUUAGAAGAUCCGGCAAUCAAAGAGAGGAAGCUACUCGGGUUGGCCCGGACCCAAAUUAUCGGAUCCCCUUAUCGUACUAUCAGCGUCUAAUUAAUCAAUUGAUGGAUCACCAUUAAGUACUAAACCUUAGUCAAGCUGGUGCUUUCUUCAACUAAUUAACAAAAAUAUCGAGCGUGGUUAUUAAGUUUAAUGAUUAUUAUUAUUAUUAUUAUUAGAUUAGAUGUGUGAUAUAAUGAAUGAUACACCAAGUGGGGGGCUUUGUUUUUGUUUUAAGAUACCCUUUGUCGGAUAGUGUAUAAGAUGAUGCAUGUCCAGCUCAUUUUGUAUAUUUCUCUUAUGUAAUUUAUAUAUAUAUAAAAAGGUUUGAUUAUUUUUUAAAUAGUAAUUAUUGCCCUCUAAAAAAAAUCUUUUUGCUAUUUUGGGUAAUUAAUUUUAUAAUUUAUGGUAUAUUUCAAAUAAUCACUU